AUGGGAAAGGACUUACUCCCCCGACAUUACAUAUCAGAGAACGAGCGAGUGUUGCAGAUCGCGCCAUGUUAUGGACUUCUCGGGUGGAGCGUUCGCUACUCGAUUCUCGUCUCAGAAUACCUAUUCUUCGUUGAGUGUGCCAGUUUUGCCCUGUGUUUGGACUAUUGGUUGCCGCCAAAAGGAAAAACCUGUCUUUCUCAGCUUCCUUCAUGCACAGGUCCCUCACGAGAUCAUGGAUACGACAACAAACCCUUCUGCAACCCACAGUUUGACGAGUGUCGAGGCACUGAUCAAGUCAUCCUCAGAAAAUAUUCCCAGUGUUCUCUUGUUUGGGUGGAGUUUGCCAGGUGUCCACCGACCACGACGAUUGACAAAGGAAGCCCUUUGCAGUCUCUAGAAAUCUUCUUUCCAAGUUCUUCCAAUUCUAGAGGGCAAUCGUGUUCUCCAAACACACUUUUUCGAAACAAGGUCCAACUGUUACCCUCAUCUAGAAAAUCCACCUUAAAGCUACAAGUGCAGCCCAUCUCUUUUGAGGCAGACAAGGAUUUCUACAAGAAUCUCUAUCAAAUCAUAUUCUUGAGAAAUCGUAGCCCAACCACGAAAGUCAAAGUGUUGCACAAUAAGCGGAUUCACAUAUAUAUUCUUAGCAAGAGUGGUCUUACCAAUUCCACCCAUGCCAACAAUGGGGAUGAUCUGGCGAUUCGAUUGUUGUCCGGUCAGCUUAUCCAAGGCUUCAAGCAAGACAUUAUCGUGACCCACCACGGCAGCUUGCGUUUGGGGAGGAGAUCUCAGCCAGCCAGCUGGCGUCGAAUAAUUUCUUUCCACCUGUGCUCUUUUCUGCUUCAUAAUCUCCGCAAGGUCUCCCUUGAUAAAAUCCAAAUCGUGCGAUGUUACGGACUUCCCGGGUACUCUGUGCCAGCUUCCUCCAUGGUUUUAUCACUAAUUGGUUUUAGAAACCCUUCCGAAACCCACAGUUUGACGAGCGUUGAGGCACUGACCAAAUCAUCCUCGGAGAAUAUUCCCAGUGUUCUUGUGUUUGGUUGGACUUUGCAAGGAGUCCACCGACCACGACGAUUGACAAUGGAAGGCCGUUGCAGUUUCUCGAAAUCUGCAAUCCAAUUUCUUCCAAAUCCGGAGGGCAAUCAUGUUCUCCAAACACACUUUUCCGGAGUAAGUUCCAACUGUUAUACUCAUCCAGAAAACCAACCUCAAGGCCACAAGAACCGGUCAACUCACGAGCCAGGAAAGAAGAACUUAAUCCUAUCCCACGCCUCGAUGCUCCACAUGUCAUCCAUCACAAUCAAAUACCUUCGACCUGAUAGACUUUUGUAUAAUUUUUCUCCUAAUUCAUGCUCCCCCAUUUGUCUCAAGCUUUCCCUGGCAGACAAGGAUUUCUACAAGUAUCUCUUUCGAAUCAUAUUCUUGAGAAAUCGUAGCCCAGCCGCGAAAAUCAAAGUGUUGCACAAUAAGCGGAUUCACAUAUAUAUUAGUGGUCUUACCAAUGCCACCCAUGCCGACAAUGGGGAUGAUCUGGCGACUCGAUUGUUGUCCGGUCAGCUUAUCCAAGGCUUUAAGCAAGACAUCAUCGUGACCCACCAUGGCAGCUUGAGUUUGAGGAGGAGAUCUCGGCCGGCCAGCUGGCGUCGAAUAAUUUCUUUCCACCUGUGUUCUUUUUUGCUUCAUAAUCUCCACAAGGUCUCUUUUGAUCAAAUCCAAGGAAACGUGGCCGCCGGCGUCUUGCUCACCGACGAGCUGAGAUGGCCGAGGGCGGCGUUGCGACUUUCGGAGAGGUGGAUAAUGGACAGGGUCUGCAGAAAGAGCGGACGCCGGCGGAGGAGAUUCGACGGAACCCGACUCCGGCGAUGGCGGCAACUGGAGAGAGCGAACGAGUUGGACGUUGAGGCGAGGGCAGUGGAGCUCCGAACGCCGGACCGCAGGUUGUGGUUGUCGGUUGCGCCGAAGAAGCACCAGACGGUGACGACCGACAAGGCUAGGCCGUAUUUUAAUAUUGAAAGUGCAGUUUCGAAAUACUUCUAA